AUGGAUGACAGGUCCAACUUUCUCGGUCGACGACGUGAUCGACCCGGUGCUAUCAGGCAGCGACAGUGCUUCGGCUUCUACUUCGGCGUCGAAGCAAUACGACGCGUAAAAUGCGACGAAACCAAGCCGGCAUGCACGCGGUGCACCAGCACAGGCCGUAAAUGCGACGGAUACGGGGGCACCGCACCACCGCGUCCGAAGAAAUCGCCCUCGGCACCAUCCUCAUCCUUCUCCCCACCAUUAGCAACAACUUCAGCAGUAACAGACCCUUUCCUAGUGCCUGAAUCGGCCGCCGGCCCGUCAGACCCGUACCUAACCAAGCGGCACGAACUAGCGCGGCACAGCUUCGCUGCAGCGUGCAGGGGAAACUCCGCCUUGCGGAUCCUACGACCACUAGCCGCCGACAUCGAGGGGACGGAGCAGGAGCGGCAGUACUUCCACCGGUUCCGACGGGCGGCUGAGGCCGGGCUGGCUAUGCACGCGAGUAGUCUAGGAGCCGGAUUCUGGCGACGCCUAGUUCCGUUGGUAGGGCAGUCAGACCCAGCGGUGCGGCACGCACUUAUCGCACUAGGAGCCGCACACGAGAGCGCGCAGUUACAGCAGGAGCAAGCACAAAACCACAACAUAGCAACAGCCACGAUAGAAAACCCAGCGUCAGGAGUCCCCUCGCGAAGUAGAAGUCCGGACGUUAUGCAACACCACCAACACCACCAACAACUAUCCUACAUCUCGACACCCCCACCAGAAGACAACAGCGCAAGCAUAGACCAACUAGAGCUCUUCAUGAUCCAGCAGUACAACCUCUCGAUCUACCACCUCCAGCAACACGUCCAACCCGGAUCGCCAGCCGAAAGCGUCGAGAUCACGCUGAUCUGCUGCCUCGUAUUCGUCUGCAUCGAGACCUCGCGCGGGAACGAAGCCGCGGCCCUAGCACACGUUGCGAACGGCCUCCAGAUCAUCAAGGCCCUACCUCCAGACUCGGAACUUGUACACUUUCCCCCUGGGUCAAGCGGAGGCAAAACUAGAGCUGGCGGUAGUGCUACAAGUGCCGCAUCAACGAGCGGUUCCUCACCGCGUAUAUCCCGUUCCGACUGGCGCCAGCUCCUCGACUUCUUCCUCGCCCUCGAGCCUAGCGCUGCCACGUACGGCUUCACCAGCAGCCAACCCCCGACUCCGCCGUGCCCGACGAUGAGCGCGUGGGGAACACCGCUAGAGUGUUUCGACGAGAUGUUGCCACAGUGGGAUAUGGAAGGCGCCGAUGUAGAAAUAUAA